AUGAAGCUCGUUUCAAUUGCUGCGCUUCUCCUGGGCGCCGUGCCUAUUGCCGUGAACGCCGCUGCCGUGGGCGGAACCCCCAAUGGAGCCAAGAUCAUACCAGUCUCUGAUGCAGCUGGCUUGAGAAGUGUGGGAGCGCAUUCUUCGAAGUACCCGAACCGCAAGACUGUGACAAUCCGUCCAUCCAAGAACGACUACGACGAUAUCUCGAGUGAUUUCCUUUGGGGAAUCAAACAGGCCAACCACGGCGGACGGCUGCUGCUCGAGAAGGGCAAGAAGUAUGUGAUUGGAAAGAAGUUGGAUCUGACAUUCUUGGACAAUAUUGAAGUGCAGCUGGAGGGUGAACUGAAGUUCACGAACAACAUCACCUACUGGCAAGCAAACAACUACUACUAUGACUUCCAAAAGUCAAUCACAUUCUGGCGCUGGGGUGGAAACGAUAUCAAGAUCUUCGGCAGUGGCACGUUGAACGGCAACGGACAGGCUUGGUACAAUGCGUUUGCUGGACUCGAGAUCUUGGACUCCUCCAACACCUUCUACCGGCCGAUUCUGUUCCUGACCGACAACGCGACACGUGUAUCCGUGGAGGGUAUCACACAGUUGAAUUCGCCAUGCUGGACCAACUUUUUCGUCAACACCAAGGACAUCUCCUUUGAUGAUGUGUAUAUCCAUGCUUUUUCGACCAACGCUUCGGCUCUCCCGAAAAACACCGACGGAUUUGAUUCGUACAACGUCGAUGGCCUGACAGUCACCAACACCCGCGUCGAUAUUGGCGAUGAUUGCUUCUCGCCCAAACCCAACACUACCAAUAUCUUUGUCCAGAACCUGUGGUGCAACAAUACGCACGGUGUGAGUAUGGGCAGUAUCGGACAAUACCCAGGAGAACUGGACAUCAUUGAAAACGCCUGGAUUGAGAACGUGACGCUGCUGAAUGGCCAGAACGGCGCUCGACUCAAGGCCUGGGCUGGACCAGAUGUGGGAUACGGUCGCAUCAACAACAUUACCUACAAGAACAUCCAGAUUCAGAACACCGACAACCCAGUAGUGCUGGACCAGUGCUACUUCGACAUCAAUGCCACAGAGUGCGCCCAGUACCCGUCUUCUGUCAAUAUCACGAACAUCCUUUUUGAGAACAUCUGGGGUACCUCCUCAGGAAAGGAAGGUCUAGUGGUUGCUGAUCUAACGUGCUCGCCUGCCGCUGUCUGCACGAAUGUCACCCUGCAGGAUGUCUCGCUGACGAGUCCGGCGGGCAGCCCGGCGGAGAUUAUCUGCUCGGGCAUUACGGGGGGCAUUGGAGUGGACUGUGUGGAUGAAACCAACUCAACCUCGACCAAGCGAUAGUUUCAUUGUUAGUGUGACCUAUCAAGCAUAACUGAUUUCAUUUCUGGCGUGUCGAGUACCUUGUAGGUAUACGCAACGGGACCUUGCAAGCAAGGACCUUGGGAGCGGCCGUCACCAAUCAGAAC